ACCGGCCGGCCUGACGUCCUCGGCUUCCGCGGGAGCCCGGUGGAGGCUUAGGUGCUUUACUCUCCGGUGUUGUGGCGUGUGUGGUCUUUCUCUGCGGACGCCCGGGGCGUGGUCUCGGACUUCACCAUGUACCACAACAGCAGCCAGAAGCGGCACUGGACUUUCGCCAACGAGGAGCAGCUGGCGCGGCUGCGGGCCGACGCCAACCGCAAAUUCAAAUGCAAAGCGGUGGCGAACGGGAAGGUUCUUCCAAAUGAUCCAGUCUUUCUUGAGCCUCAUGAAGAAAUGACGCUCUGCAAAUACUAUGAGAAAAGAUUACUGGAAUUCUGUUCGGUGUUUAAGCCAGCAAUGCCAAGGUCUGUUGUGGGUACAGCUUGUAUGUAUUUCAAGCGUUUUUAUCUUAAUAACUCAGUAAUGGAAUAUCACCCCCGGAUAAUAAUGCUCACUUGUGCGUUUUUAGCCUGCAAAGUAGAUGAAUUCAAUGUAUCUAGUCCACAGUUUGUUGGAAAUCUGCGGGAGAGUCCUCUUGGACAGGAGAAGGCACUUGAACAGAUUUUGGAAUAUGAACUACUUCUUAUACAGCAACUUAAUUUCCACCUUAUUGUCCACAAUCCUUAUAGGCCGUUUGAGGGCUUUCUCAUUGAUAUAAAGACUCGCUAUCCCCUGUUGGAGAAUCCAGAGAUGUUGAGGAAGACAGCUGAUGACUUUCUUAAUCGAGUUGCAUUGACAGAUGCUUACCUUUUAUACACACCUUCCCAGAUCGCCCUGACUGCUGUUCUAUCUAGUGCAUCCAGGGCAGGAAUUUCUAUGGAAAGUUACUUAUCAGAAAGUCUGAUGCUGAAAGAGAACAGAACUUGCUUGUCACAGUUACUAGAUAUAAUGAAAAGCAUGAGAAACUUGGUAAAAAAAUAUGAACCACCCAGGUCUGAAGAAGUUGCUAUUCUGAAACAGAGGUUGGAGAGAUGUCACUCUGCUGAGCUUGCACUUAAUGUGAUUACGAAGAAGAGGAAAGGCUAUGAAGAUGAUGAUUAUGUCUCAAAGAAGUCCAAACAUGAGGAGGAAGAAUGGACUGAUGAUGACCUGGUAGAUUCUCUCUAACCAUCUGAAAUUGAUUUGUCAAUGCUGACUAAAUCAACAGAAGGAUGAAGCAUAUCUGGCAUUUAGCUUUAUUUAAAAAUGAAAUGUAAAAGCAUCAAAGUACAUUAAAGUUUUCUAUUUAUGUUAUAUAAAAUUUUUUCCUUUCAGAGUAGCUUUUUGUGAAAUAAAACAUCCUCAAAGGAGCAAGAACAGCA